AUAUUUAUUUUUCCAGAUUUUUUUUUUAAUUCUUUUUUUUCAUUUCAUGGGUCCUCAAUUACGUAUGGGAACUGGGGAAAAUAGAGAAGGCAUUGCAUUGAGCGGGAAAAUCAUGCUGUUUGCGCUGUCUGUACUGUUAACUGUGGUGCUUUUUAUGGUGGGUUUUCAUCUUUAUGCAAGAUGCUACAACCUCCGUUUGCGCCGCCGCCUACGCCGUUAUCGUCCUCACAUAGUGUCUCACACUGACGCAGCCGCCUCUAUUAACCAAGGCCUUGAGCCGGCGGUUUUGAAUUCACUUCCGGUGUUCGUUUACUCCUCCAAGACUCGCCCAGAGAAGCUCGAGUGCGCAGUGUGCUUAUCGGAAUUCGAGGAAACAGAAUCGGCCCGUCUUUUACCGAAAUGUAAUCACUCUUUUCACACAGACUGUAUUGAUAUGUGGUUUCAUUCUCAUUCUACGUGUCCUCUUUGUCGGUCUACGGUCGAACCGGUUCGUCAACUGGAGAAGACUCAGGUAGAGGUUGUGCUCAACGCUGAAGGACCGGUCGUGAAUGGAUGUGAACCGUGUUCUAGCUCGAGUUCUGACAAUAUAACUUCGUUGGGCAUACGAAGAAAAGGGUUGGAUAUGGUGGGGUUGGGGGUGACUAUAGAGGUGCCGAGGAUAACUGAGUUCGAACUGAGACCAUCUUCGAGUAACAGUUUGAGAUCGCCUGUGACUCGGUUGUUAUCAUUCAAUAGGAUUCUAAGCAUGAACGAAAAAUCUCUCAAUGGGACAAGUAGCACGACACCGUGUGGGAUCGAGACGAGCCAUGGUCCAAGAGUUGAACUUGGAGCAUGAACACAAUGAGCUCAUUCAGAAUCAGAGUCGAGUACGUACACUAAGAUUAAACCGUAUUGAAAUUUUAAAAUUGGAAUAAACCAUUUGAGAGCCCCGUUAGUUUGUAUACA